AUGUUGACGUGGGUGGAGGAGGAGGUGGCGAGUCCGUACGGGCCCGUUCGCACGCGCUAUUGGGCCGUCCCGGCCUCCCCCGACGCGGGGGGGAGCCCCGAGCCCGAACGCGAAGGCCCCGAGCCGAACCCCCCGCCGGAAGACCCCGAGGCCGACGCCGGCGAAGGCCUGGAGGAGGCCGAGGACGAGCUCGGGGCGGUGUUGUGGAAUAGCAACGGCGCCGCGCUGGGGUGGCUGCGGGGGCGCUUUUUCGCGCCGCCGCGGGGGCCGAACGGGCGGCGCAUCGUCGAGUUGGGGGCGGGGGUGGGGGUGAUCGGCAUCGCCCUCGCGAUGGGCGGGGCGACGGUGGCCAUCACCGACCUCAAGGCCCUUUUGCCCCUCCUGCGCUUCAACAUCGCGCGGAAUCGGCCGCGGGUGCGGGAACGCAGCCGCGGCGCCGGUCAUUGCGAGGCGCUGGAGUGGCGAUGGGGCCCGACCGAGCCGAUCAACAUUCGAAAACGACUCAAAAAGAGGCCGACGACGACCCCGGACGAGGCCGGGAAUGACGCGGGUUUAAUCGCCGCCGUGGUGGAGGCCCUCCGGGCCAUCCGCCAGCCCUCCCUCGCGAUGCGGCGCUGUCAAGGCGUCUUCGCCGCCCCCCACGCGGACGCGCGAACGCCCAAGCGAGCCCGCGAGGCCGCCCCGCCAGGCCAGGCGCCUCCCGUUGAUUUGGGGAUUUUAUGCGAUGCCCUCUACGGCAACCCCAAGGACUGGCCCGGCCUGCUGUAUACGCUGAGCGAGAUCCUGGAAACGAACCCGGCGGACGGCCGCGUAGUCAACUUCUGCGAGCAACGCGUGAAGGACGUGGAAGGGCCUUUUCUCAAACUCCUGGAGGACGAAAACGCGGCCGAGGCGCUUUGCGAGUCUUUUUCGUCGGAGGCCCCCGACGACGCGAGGGUUCUCGCGCGCGCGCUUAUCGAGCGAUGCCGCGGGCAUACCUCCGCCGGGGAGGUCGAUUUCGAGCGGCUGAAUCACGCGAUUUUGGCCCAAGUCUCGCGGGAGAAACGUCGUGGAGUCUAUGAGUGGAAUUUCACCACCACAACCCUCGACGGGAGCGAGGGCAAAAGCGAUCUGGGCAUGAUCAUCCACGCCACGACAAUAAUGUGGAAGAAGAAGAAAACGACAAGGGGGGGGCGCCCCGAGAAGACAAAAGGGGGCGAAAACGCGCCGCGUUUGUCCGAUCCCGCGCGAAAGCGUUCAAAAAACGAAAUCGAACCCGACCUUUCGUCGGAAUGA